AUGAAUACAUUCUAUUCGAACACAACAUUGGGGAAGAAAUAUGGUUCGCAUCAAAACCACUCGUCUAACUACAAUCACCGCCCCAGCAAUAACAACGCUUCUGGAUCGGGUAUGAACAGCCAGAAUGUUGAGCAGGGCGACAGCUACCAACACCGAAACACGACGAGUGGGGGUGCCGGCUACCGUGGCGCUGGUUUUAAGGGCGGCCCAAGUUUUCGAUCAGAGAUACAUGGGUAUCCCAACCAUCGCAGUGGGUUUGGUGAUGCCGGUGGUUCCUUCCAUCGUCAGGGCGGUGCACCUUACUCCGCCAACGGGGGCUACGCGGGCGGCGGCGGCGGUUCCCAUUACCACCGCGAGGAAAAGCCGGAGGAGGAAAUCUUCAAGGAGCACACGCCCGGUAUUAACUUUGAUCUCUACGAGGCCAUUAAAGUGAUGCUGACGCCGAAUGACACCGAACCCUGCGAUACCUUCGUUGCGAUGAACCUGGAGCCCUCCCUCAACGAGAACGUGACGCGUUGCCGCUACAACAAACCAACACCGGUGCAGCGCUAUGGCAUUCCCUGUGUUCUGAAGGGGCAGGAUCUAAUGGCUUGCGCCCAGACUGGCUCGGGGAAGACAGCAGCUUACUUGAUUCCAGCAAUUAAUUUUAUGCUUAUGAAUAACCUAAAUCGCACUCAACAUAGUAAUUGUGCGGAGCCUUCUGCCCUUGUGCUCUCGCCCACACGAGAACUUUCGAUCCAGAUAUACGAAGAAGGUCGAAAGUUUACAUACCGUACGGGUAUCCGGUGCGUUGUGGUCUACGGUGGUGCUGACCCACGCUAUCAAAUCCAGGAGCUCCUGCGUGGCUGUGGGCUGCUCGUUGCUACCCCAGGCCGUCUGUGGGAUCUCUAUUCUCGAGGCUACGUCUGUUUUUCUGGUGUUCGCUUUCUCGUCCUUGACGAGGCUGACCGCAUGCUAGAUAUGGGGUUCGAGCCGCAGAUUCGUCAGAUUGUACAAAGCUCUAAGAGUGACAUGCCUCGAGCUGGCCAUCGUCAGACGUUGUUGUAUUCGGCCACUUUCCCGAAGGAAAUCCAGCAGCUGGCUCAUGAAUUCUUGCACUCCCAUUAUUUUCUUCAGGUUGGCCGCAUCGGAUCGACUACUGAGAGCAUUACUCAAGACGUGCGUUGGGUAGAAGACAGCGAAAAGCGUGAUACACUUCUUUCACUUUUGCGCCAGCACGAUGGCGAACGCGUUUUGGUUUUUGUUGAGAAGAAGCGGGAUGCAGAUUACCUGGAACGUUUUCUUCGCCAGAACCACAUCACCUGCGCGAGCAUCCACGGUGACCGCGUCCAACGGGAGCGUGAAGAGGCGCUAAGUUCCUUUAAAAAUGGCCCCUAUCGUGUUCUGGUCGCCACGGACGUGGCUUCUCGCGGUCUCGACAUUCCAAACGUGGCGGUUGUGGUUCAGUACGACCUCCCGAGCAAUAUAGAUGACUACGUUCAUCGUAUCGGUCGUACCGGCCGAGCUGGUAAGCAGGGCACGGCAGUUUCUUUCUUCAAUGAAAAAAACCGUAAUAUUGUUAAUAGCCUCAUUCCAUUGCUUAACGAAACGAAUCAGAUUGUCCUUCCACAAAUCCAAGCCCUUGCCAAGAAACCGAAUAAUAACAAUACUGCUCCGAACAACUUCGCUCGCGGACGUGGUGGCUUUUCUAAUGGCUUUAGGAAUAAUAAUGGCCCGUUUGGACAGCGCAACUUCUAUCGUGGGGGUGGUUAUUUCCGUGGUUGGGGAAACCGAGGGGGUUAUGGGGACUAUAAUGGAAACCAAGGAGGUGGGUCUGGGCACCGAGUCUUUAACCGUGGAGAUGCCCUCGGGAGUGGAGAGGAAUACCACAAUAUGGGCGGUGGUUCUGGCUUCAAUAAUAUGCGCAGUAGCGUAUUCGGACAACAUGAACAGCAGAAUCAGAAGCACUAA